GUUCGCGGCGAGCGGCAGAGAGGGACGCGCGGUUGCAUUCGAUCCUGUUCUGUUCUGUGUCGUCCAAUCGCGCCCGAUCUGUGCGUGUUCCGGUUCUUUGUCAUCAAUGGGUUGCCGGGCGAGACCGAUUCGAGUGCCACUUGAAAACUAUUUACGCUAAAUUUGAGUUAUUUUUUGGCUUAUGAGGUGUUCUAGAAGAUCGUCCGAGCUAAUUGCCAAAGGCCCAGUGUGAAAUCGAGAUCCGAGCGGUGGUAUUUAGCGCGAUCGACGUUAGGCCCUUUCGGCAUUAAUGAGGCGUACCCACUUCAGCUGACUGCGUCGUACGCAAGGCUACUCUAACUAAACUAGUAGUAGUCCGGCGUUCGAGGGAGGCGGUCGGCUCGCGGUCGCAGUGCUAUGCGGAUAUGUUAUUGAGGUCUAAAAUGUGUUGGGAACGCUCGCCAUAGGCGUGUCGCGUGCGGGUUCGUGCAGGUUGCGCCGUGCGGGAGCGCGAGUGAGUGAGUGCAGGACUCGGGGCGGGCCGAGGCUCAAUAAUGCUCAAGUUCCUGACGCAUAAGCUCCGAACGCAUUCGCUGAAUGAGGAGAACGUUUCCGAGAAGGUGGAGGAGCGGGACUCCGGCACCGAGUCGGACGACGAGGCCGACCGCGCCGACACCGGUGAAUACUGUGCUGACGUCAUCAUGAAGUGGAAUGACGUCACCGAUAUCAGUAUGGGCGGCGAGGCUUGCGCAUGCGCGCCGGCGCCCGAGAGGCCGCUGGCGGCGCCGGAACCAGACCAGCUCUACGACCAUCACUCCUCCGAGGAGGAGCUCGAGGUGAUCAACGGCAGCCCCGCGACGGCGGCUACGGUGGCGGCGCGGGGCGAAGGCCGGCGGCGGGGCGCCUCGUCGCCUGCGCGUACGGCGCCUGAGAAGCGCCGCUGGCCGGCGGAGCCCUACGACGACGAGUUGGCGGCCAGGGCGCCCUCCUCGGACGAUGACGACACAAAGGUGGAAACGCCCGUGCGGUUCCGCACGUCGCCGCCGCUGGAGGCGCUGAAGCCGCGCCGCGCGGGCGCUGCCGCUGCCGCUGCGGCCGAGUGCGGAUGCGCGGGCCGCGCGCCCUGCUCGCCGCGCCGCCGCCGUCUGCCGCUGCCGCCGCCGCGCCGCCACCGCCCCGCGCUCGACUUCGACAAGAUGCAGCAGCUGAAGGUGGGCGGCGGCGGCGUGCGCUCGUGGCGCGCGGUGGGCGGCGCGCACGGCGGCGAGCUGUCCGUGUUCUGCUGGUGAUGGCCCCCCGCCCCGCCGCGCCCCGCAGAGGCGGCCCAUAUCAGGUUAAAGCGACUCGGCGCGCCCGUCCGAGUGGUCGAGUUCCUUUAAUUGCACUCAAAUAAUGAUCAAAGUACAAACUUACUAAUACUAUUAUAUCGAGCGCGUUCGCCGCGCUCGCCGCAUUCGCCGACCGAAUGUAGUUUUUGGAAAUAUUUACUCGUUUUGAAUACUGUGUUUAAAUUAUUGCCACUUGUAAUCGGUUUCGGAUGUUUGUAUUUGUAGUCGGACGCGACGGGACCUCUCUCCCGCGUCCGACCGGACGGGAGGUGGAUCGUACUCACGGUGCGAUGCGUCGGUAGACACUAAACAAAUUGUUUUAAUUAGUCGAUGUGACGCGGUGUUGUAUUCACGGAGCACUCGACGCGAUGUCGACGUGCCGAAUUUUGGAGAAGAAUUUCACGAGAUGCGGGUUUCUUCUCCGAGGUUUCCUUUACACGAUUUUGACAGAAAAAAAAGAUACUUUUCAAAGAAAAAAGUGUCAUAGAAUAGACUUACAUAUAAUAUAGUUGUCCUAAUAAUAAAACAUGUAUGUCGUAUUAGUUGUAACUUGUAACCGUACGCCCGUAAGCGCGCUCCCCGUAUAGCUCGCGUCAGGCGAAACCCGCAUCGCGUGAAUCGGAUUAUAGGAGGUGACGUAUCGGUAGAAUCGCCUCGGCUUUGAUCUCGAAUUGCGACUGAGCGGCUCGAUGCUAGUGUGGGAUCGAGAACUGAACCUUCAUUAUCGAAUUUGCACACUUGCACUGUCAAGUAUCGAAACACGUGAAUUGAUUAAAAAUUAUGUUUAUUUAGCUAAAGUUCCGCUAGGAGCGCUGUUAAAACUUGUGGGCUAACUUACACCAAGGUCACUCUAACAUUAGUAUUUCAUACUUUUAAACGACUGUCCCAUUGCGUGUGUGCAAAUGUCAUUCUAAGGGUAAUGUCAACUCGUACCUCCCCAACUCUAUCGAUCGAGUCGCGCGUGAUUCCAUAAUAGAUUAUCAAAAUAUUUUUAUCAUUUUUAAAAUGUCAAUUGAUAUGAACACGAUGCGCUGCCUUUUGUGCAAUAUGGAUGGAUUUUGUGGGAUUUGUAAGAUGUUUUAUAAUAUUUGGAAGCGGAGGACGUCGUUGCGUUGGGAAAUAGGCUCCAAAGGCCUAGAACCCAAAGCCGCAAAGCCAGUUAGAAAUAAGCGCGCGAACGCAACGACACCCCUCCCCUGUCACUGUGACAGCUGGCAGGUGACAGAGUUGUAAUGGCGCGCUCGUAGUUCGUACAAUAUAUUGGUUGUACCUAGUUGUAACUUAUGUUAGUAGUUUAUUUAGCAGGGCUAAUUCUGUUACUCUUGUUGUGUUAUAAACGAAAAUGAAAAAAAAAAUAAUAUAAAAAAUGUGGUGCGAGUGGAUACAAGUGAAUUUAACGAUAAAGACAUUUAACAAAUUUUCAAAUUAAUACGAUAAAAGUACUAAGACUUUUUUAAAAAUCGCUUGGAUAAAGAUUGUAUGUACAUAGUGUUAAGUUACGUAGGGUUCGAAGGUGUACUUCCGACUAUCCUUUAGAGCCAGUCUGCCAUAUAAACUGCGGGUACAUCAAACUGACCCUUGAACCCAUUUUGCGAUGGUUACUAGUAGAACGUAAUUAAACCCUAGAGCGACGCGAUGUUUGAUUUAUGAAUUAGGAUUUCGUAACAGGUUUACCUUAUCUCUCCCCCAGGGAACAGGUUCGCAGAUUUAUUGGGGGAUAUAUAUAGGGAUAUAGGAUUAGUUCAAAUUAAGACACCCUUCGUGGACAAGCAUUGACAGGCACCGCAGACCAGCUUCUCCUACGUUGGUAGAAGUCUAACCGUGGGGGUACAGGGUCGCAUGAAAGAGAGUGAAAGAAAGAAUGCUCCAAGUCCAACUGCUCUGGCAAGUAACAAGUACGAGUAAUAGGUAUACCGACCAAGGGGUUUUUUAUGGCCUAUAACUAUUAGCACAUAGAAUGAUUAUGUGUUAUAUAUCUAUGCCAGGGGAAUUAAUUAUCCUCAUUUUAACUGAAGACUGCAGGGCAGUCUUUUGUAAGGAUUUUCACCCUCCACGGUCCUUGCGCCGUGCUUUGGUCAACAUGACAUUGACUUGGUUUGGUGAACAUGACUAUGUUCACCUGUCAAACGACAAAUAGAUAGUCCUUCUUAAUACGAAGCAGAACAUAAUGGAGAGGUUUUAGCCAAUCGGGAAGGUUGCAACCAUCGCAUUCGGUGCUAGGAGUAAUGGAGUCCUAUGUCGGCAUCAGUCGGUGGAAGCAUAGUAUUUGAGAAUCCUAUUUUACAUAGUGCUAGCAGUGAAAACACAUUCAAUAGUUCCUUCAUAAAAAUAAGCAAACACGCCUAAUUCUUGACUAAGUAAAUGCAGUUAUUGAAAGGAUUAACUUAAAACUUUGGCAUCAGUUCAAUUCGUGACUUUCGAUUUUCUAAUGUUACUAGUUCGAUUUAACAUAGGUAUAUUAAGAUAUACCUAACUUAUGUUGGCAGCUCUAAAUAAUAUACCAUUAUUUCAACUGAGGACCGAUUGUAGUUAUUUAACUAUGUUUUGUUUAGAAAUAAACAGCUGAAUGGGCACCAUUCUCUUGAAAUCUAGAAAUCUACACGAAGUAAUGGUGGUAAUUCGUCAGUAAUUACCUACACAAAUAUCUGAACUGUCAGAGAAACAUAGCGCUUUUUCUAGAGGAAACAUUAUGAACAGAAUAGCAUCUCUUUAGAUCUGUCAAUUCCGAUUAAAGCUUAAUAUACAAUUUUAUGAACACUGUCGCUAAUUGAUUUGAUGUCACAUUGAUAGUCUAAAUUAAUGGCCGUCCUAGGACUCCUAGAAAUACCUGAUUCGCAAACCAUCUGGAACUAAUUAGAGGUGGCUUGCAGCCACUGACUAGGAGCAGCAAACGAAAAAACAUAGAAGCAUAGAAAAGGGUAUGGCUCAAAAAUUAACGAAAACAGCCUCGGUAGGAGUUGCUUAUGAAGUGUGCCCCGCAUUCACUUCGCUAGUCACAAUGCUGACAGAUUAACUGCCGGCCAAUCACGGCUGGUCCCGUACUGCAUGACAUAUAGUAGAACCAAUCAUGGAUUAUGCGAUUCAAUUCAUGGCGCGUGCGCAUAUAGUUUGAUUCGUGUUGGAUGACAAUUUCUCAUAAAGGGCGACUUCUGUUUUUUCGUUCGCUUACCAAGAGUCGAUUUUACAGCUAUAGCUGACAAGUUCAGAGAGAAUUGAUAAUAUGUGUAACUACCGCCGUUUCAUGCAGCGUUGACUGAGCUCCGCGAUAGUCGGAGCUACACCUAAGUGCAGUCUAGAUGUAGUAGGUAUAACAAAUUGUAUGGCGGAGGCGCUCGGCGCCUGCUCUUUUGUUAACAUUUCUUUUGUGUUAUUUUUAUUUCCGCUGAAGUUUAUUUACUGACACGGCCAUGUUGUUUCCGACCUGUGAGCCAUCCCUGCGAGCCAUACAACUAGCGCUACAGUCUACGUCGCGAAAGUUGAACUGAGGUGUUAAAAACUGAGUUUCUUCACCUUACACAUCCGCAAUAACCAGAUAAAUCUGCGUAGGUACAUUUGCGACUUAAUAGCUAACUACUUACAAAUCGCUUGAAACACACUACGUAAUAUUCACUCCCUAUGUGGAGUCCCUCCCAACAUUUGUGCGUAGUGUUUAGAAUCUGCUCGGUGUUUCUUGACAGCGGCGCUUAGAUAAAUUUUGCAUUUUCAUUGUAUAUGUACAAUCUGGAAAACAAAUGAAUUAUUGGAUUGUUACGGUUUUAUCCAACGCUGCUUUCGGCUGAACUGAAGAACUCAAACAACAUUGCUGAUUAUAUCAAAAAAUUGACUUUUGCGCUUCAAGUUUCGUGACGAUAACUGUAGCCAGAUUCUCUAUUAACAUUGAAAUCAAAAUAAUUAUUUGCAAUUUGUGACAUAAUUAUACUUGUUGUUUAGAAGUGUCAAAUUUGAAGUCACAAAAUGUAUUUUCAUACGAAUUCAAUGUCCUACAGGAUCAAAGAGUUUACCGAUAAGUUUCGCAAUCGUUCAUGCUGAAUAUUUGUGGCAAGAUGCUUAGCGAUUCACACUAGUUACGGAAGUAAUUUAAAUAUAAAGAAAUACAUACCCAACCACAUACUACACGCGCACGUUUAGCAUAAGACGGGUGCCGUCGGAGUGGCAACAAACAACACCCCGUUGACACAAGUCUGAACUGCACUAAUAAUUACUACCGCAACACGUAGCGUGCCGACAUCGCGUCGUGUCAGUUUGGUGUUGGGCAUGUUUUUGCCAUAAACGUUUGCAAAACUCACAGUAGCUCUUCUAGUUUUAACCUUUUGCUGUCAAAUUUUGAUUUCUGUACUCAUUUUUUUUUACCAUAUGUACUUGAAAAUAAUUCUUGCAUCUUUGCUGCAUUUGAAUGCGAAAUUACCUCCAAAAAAAAUCCGCACGCCUUUGUCAAAAACGUACGAUAUAAAAAAAAAUGCAAAAAAAUUUUUACACUUUUGUCUACUUUAUUAAAAAAAAUCAUACAUAAUGCAGAAAUAAUAUAGUAGGUACAGUGGGUUACUAUCGACUCGAAUUUUGUAAAUAAAGGUCUAAACUAAGGUCUAUUUCUGUUUCAAAACUAAUUAUUGAAACAUUAUUCGAGAAGUACAAUAAAAAAAUAUUGACGCUGCUUUCGUUGGACCUAAACAAACUAAAUUAUAAAUUGCUAAAAUCUCUUAAAGAAGUGUCAAGCUUUUCACACAGUUCUGUAGUACCUACACAAAUCUAUAAACUAAACUAAAUUAUUGACAGGUCUAAAAGAAGUAGCAACUGUCCUUUUCACACUAUAUCCCAAAAGAUUCCCACUUUUCAGAUAUGUCAAUUUAGUUUCGAGUACAUUACAUAGUAUCUAGCAAGGAGUUUGCUUAGAUUAUGUAAACCUUAAAACAAAAUACGAGUUGAUGUAGAUCCAGAGACCUUAGAGCAAAUAAUCAAGUUAAACAUGACACCAGUAGGACAUCAAUCCGCAUAAAUCAGGAUUUUUUUUUAUUAGUCUUCAUUUAUCCACUCUGUGGUUAUCGCAUCUGGUACUGGCUGAAAUUAUAGUACCUUGUCUCUAUUUUUAAGCGACUAUCCAAAAAUUAAGUUUAAUGUGUGUUGUGGUAUCUUUAGAAUCCUUACAUCCUCUCCAGUGACCCUAUAACAAUCGUGUUUUGAAAGAUAUUCAAUAUGGCGGCCAUAAAGCGUCAUUCUCAAAUGAAAAAAAAUCGUAGUGUUGAUAAUAAAAAACGCUGCAUCAAUUUCAAAUAUGGUGUUUUGGUCAGAUAAAUUGAGACAAUCGUUAUAGAUUUGUGCAGAUGAAUGCCAACGGAUGUCACCUUUGUUUACUUGACAGCUUGUUCUUAGGGCUCCUCUCAGUCUCGCAUUCAGCGGCAGUGGUAUAAGGUUAUUGGCUGACGUGACAGCAAACAGGCUCGCAGCGACACGCUGCGACCAACGUCAGCGGUAUUUACAAGAUGAUUUAUAUUAUGUUUUAUAUACUGAAUUAACAAGCGUAAUAAAGAGUGAGCAAUGGCACAUCUUA